AUGGAUUUCGCCGGCGGGAGCAACAAGGCGGACCACCUCUGCGUCCUGGUGCACGGGCUAUGGGGGAAUCCGAACCACAUGAACAACAUCGCAAAGACGCUACGAGCCCAGCACUCUCCCGACGAACUCUACCUGCUCCUGGCCAAGCGGAACAGCGGCAGCUUCACCUAUGACGGCAUCGAGCUGGGCGGCGAGCGAGUCUGCGCCGAGAUCAUAGAGGAGCUGCGGAUGAUUGAGAACAAUGGCGGCAAGAUCAAGAAGCUGAGCGUCGUGGGCUACUCUCUCGGCGGCCUGGUGUCGCGGUACGCGGUUGGUCUGCUGUACGCAAAGGGCAUCCUCGACUCGGUCGAGUGCGUGAACUUUGCGACCUUUGCCACGCCGCAUCUCGGCGUACGGACGCCCCUGAAAGGAUGGCAUAACCACAUGUGGAAUGUUCUGGGCGCGCGGACGCUGUCCAUGUCGGGCAGCCAACUGUUCAUCAUUGACAAGUUCCGCGACACCGGCCGGCCCCUGCUGUCCGUCAUGGCGGAUCCCCAGUCCAUCUUUAUGCUGGGGCUGCAGAAGUUUAGAAGGCAUACGUUAUACAGCAACAUCGUCAACGACCGAAGCGCCGUUUAUUACACGACAUGCAUAGAAAAGACGGACCCAUACAGGGACAUUGAUCGGAUCAAAGUCAACUAUCUGAAACAAGACGUAGAAGGCGUCAUCCUAGAUGCGGCGCAUCCAUUUUCUCCGCGACCCAAGGUUCCCGCGCCAGUCACAUUGUCGUCGCUUACCGAAACGGGCAUCCGGUGGAUGAGGGGCAUCCCGUUUAUGAUUACGGUGUCGGUCCUGGUGCCCAUCGGCGUGGUGGCCUACCUCAUCAACUCGGUUUUCCAGACCAUACGGAGCACGAAGCGCAUCAGGUUGCAUGAGGGCGGCAUGGCAGGCAUCAACGUUGCCGAGUACCGGGUGCCGAUCCUGAUCAAGGAGCUUCGCGAAGAGGUCGAGCACGCCUACGAGGCGCUGAACAGCUCGCAGAACCAGGAGUACCUGGCGGACGAGGACGAAGAUGAAGAGACGGGCAUGAAUGCCGAGGACAGAAGCACAAUGGCUCGGGAGAGGCGGAUGUCGAUCCCGACACAGCCAACGCUGGCCCUGGCGCCGUGCCAGUUCGAGAUGAUCCGGUCGCUCAACUCACUCAAGUGGAGGAAGUAUCCGGUCUGGAUUCAGAACGAUCGACACACGCAUGCGGCCAUCAUUGUGCGUUUUGAGAAGAAGACGUUUGACGAGGGCUGGGUGGUUCUGAGACACUUUGCGCGCGAGGAGUUUUUGAUAUAG